AUGACAAUUACUCCACUAGCUAAAAGAAGCGAUUAUCCCUUUGAUUUAGGGACCUUCGGACGACCCAUCACCACCACCAGUCCCGAAACCCAAAUCUGGUUUAACCGUGGUCUUACUUGGGUCUAUUCCUUCAACCACGACGAGGCAGCUAAAUGCUUCGAGCAAGCAAUUAUUCACGAUGAGUCUUGUGCCAUUGCAUAUUGGGGCCUAGCUUAUGCCCUCGGCCCAAACUACAAUAAGUCAUGGGAGUUCUUCCGCGAUGACUUGAAGACUACUAUAGAGCGCACCUACAGAGCUUGCCAGAAGGCCAAAGCUCUUGCUUCCAACGCAACUCCAGUGGAACAGGCACUAAUCACUGCCAUUCAAUCUCGCUUCCAGAGCGACAUACCAUCGAAUUUAGACCAGUACGCUGCUCAAAAUCGCGCGUAUGCUGACGCAAUGGAGGGGGCAUAUCACGCUCUCGGAGAUGAUCUUGAUAUAGCCACCCUGUAUGCAGAUUCCAUCAUGAGCCUUACUCCUUGGAAACUCUGGAACCUGGAGACCGGGCUUCCAAACCCAGGUACACGGACUUUAGAUGCGAAGAAGGUCCUGGAGAAGGCACUCCGACACUCUGAUGCAUACCGACACCCGGGCUUGCUGCAUCUAUAUAUUCACCUUAUUGAGAUGUCUCACACACCGGAGCUGGGACUCGUCCCAGCGGAUUAUUUACGCGAGCUCGUCCCGGAUGGCGGUCAUGCGAAUCACAUGCCUGCACACUUGGAUGUCCUGGUCGGUGAUUAUCGAGCUGCUAUACGCGCGAAUCAGCGUGCCACCGCUUCAGAUGAGAAGUUCAUCCGCUAUGAGGGUGUGAUGAACUUCUACUCAAAUUAUCGCAUGCACAAUUAUCACACCCUCAUCUAUGCGGCCAUGUUUGCCGGUCAGAAGCAUGUCGCCAUCGAUGCUGUAGAUCGCAUGGAAAAAACUCUCCCGAAAGAAUUGCUGGUCAAAAUGGCUGAUUCGAUUGAGGUCUUCAUGUCCAUACGGCCACACGUCAUGAUCCGCUUUGGUAUGUGGGAUGAAAUCAUCAGUCUCCCACUCCCCGAUGACCCAGAGCUCUACUGUGUCACUCUUGCAGCUAUAUACUACGCGAAAGGUGUCGCACACGCGGCAAGCGGAAACAUUCCCGAGGCUGAAAAACACCGCGAGCUGUUCAGAGAAGCAGGAAAGCGUGUUCCCGAGGCUCGCCUGGAUUACCCGAAUAAGUGUGUUGAUACCCUUGGCAUUGCGACUGCCAUGUUGGAUGGCGAAAUAGAGUACCGGCGUGGAAAUUACACCGAGGCAUUUGAACAUCUUCGUCUCGCGAUCAAAUUGGAUGAUGGUCUAGGAUACAAGGAGCCGUGGAGCUGGAUGCAGCCUUCUCGGCAUGCGUACGGAGCUCUUUUAUUGGAGCAAGGCCACGUUGAAGAUGCCGCGAUAGCGUAUCGAUGUGAUUUGGGACUUGAUGAUUCCGUUAUCCGUGCACGUCAGCACCCGAAUAAUGUCUGGGCUCUGCAGGGGUAUCACGAAUGUUUAGUUCGUUUGGGCCGCACGGAAGAGGCCAGGGUCAUUGAGCCGCAGCUGAAGAUUGCAUUGGCAGUCGCGGAUAUUCCUAUCAAGUCCUCGUGCUUCUGUCGAACUGUGGCAUCGGAAGCGGAGAAAAGUUGCUCUAGCGGUGGCUGCCACUGA